CGAUGCUUUAUUCACUUAUUACAUUUCCAUAGCCGAGUUCAACCUCCUAUGUCAUUUUUCUUCAGUUUAGUAUAAAUGCUGAGGACUAGUUGGGCUUCUGAUGCAAUGCCCUAGCGGAGGAAUCAAGCCUCUACGAAGAGGACGGCGGAGGUUUGCCUUGUUGCCUAGAUACGAACGCGGCGCACUCGCGAGCCCCUUCUCUCAAUGAAACAGGAUUUUCGUAAGCGGACAUUGUGGUUCUGGGUAUUAAGUGUCAUCGACGAAUGACCUUCCGCUAGCUGGAGCCGAAAUGUCGCCGGUUUCCUCGACGCCGUUGAGGAAGCGCUGGAUGUGAAAAACAGCGCCAUUUCUGUCGGCGUCCAUGAUACGCGAUGCUACCGCAGCGGAUUCCAGAGCUCGAGCUCGGAACGGCAGCGGGAGAGAAAUAGCCGCCGCUCCCCUUUCGCCGCUCUUCGUUACUUCAGCCCUCGGCAGGUUGUGCCGGUGAAGUAAGACGAAGCCCCAACAUGGACCCUUCCGACUGAGACGCAAACACGUUCCGUGUUUUGCUCAGCAGCUGAGAUCCAUCAGCAGCACGAGCCAUGCCUGACGAAUAAAAUCACCUUUUCUUUGCUCAAAGCAAUAAUACAAACAUCCUACAUGCCUCCCCAUGUAGAACCCCUUCAGUGGGUCCUGCUGGAGUGACUGCCCCUUCUACCCACGCUUCUGCCUCGUCCUCUCGCUGUACCCUUCUCCUCCGUCCACCCUACCCAUCGCAAUGCUGCGUCACCUGAGAAUGGCCAACACCUGAGGUCCCAUGCGUCCAGUGAGCACCGAUUCAGACGGUCCCGCUCCUCCUGAAACCCUCUCUUGCCCCUACCCCCCCGUGGGCCCCCGGCCUGCCUCGGAGAUGUCCCUGUUCCAGUCGCUGGGCCCAGUGCAAAGCUGGCUUGGCCAGGAGCUUGAGAAGUGCGGGAUUGAUGCCAUGAUUUACACCCGCUACGUCCUCAGCCUUCUCCUGCAUGACAGCUACGACUAUGACCUGCAGGACCAGGAAAACGACAUCUUCCUGGGCUGGGAGAAGGGAACUGGCAAGAAAUGGGGCAAGAGCAAGAAGAAAGGAGGGACCGACCUGAGUCUCGAGGAAAUGAAGAAGCAAGCUGCCGUGCAAUGCCUCCGCUCUGCAUCUGAUGAAAACUCUGGAAUUGAGAGCCUGGUUGAAGAGCUUUGCUCUAAACUAAAGGACAUCCAAAACAAACAGAAAGAGGAAAAACAGAUACAAAAUAAAUCUGAUGGCUCUCCGUCUCCCGAGCGAGCCGAGUCCCCCUCUUCAAAGGACCAGGUGGAAAUGUAUUAUGAAGCCUUUCCUCCUUUGUCAGAGAAACCUGUUUGUCUCCAAGAGAUCAUGACGGUGUGGAACAAGGCAAAGGCCUGCACAUACUCGAGUUCAUCGUCCUCCGCAGCCCCACAGACCAGCACAGACACCUCCUCCCCAAAAGAUUGCAACAGUGAAGGUGAGACCGCGAAGGAGGGAAACCUCGAAGCCUGUGGCGCCAUCACGACUGUGAACAACGAAAGAGGUCAGCAGCGGCGAAGCAAGGAAGAGAAGGAAAACAGAUGCCGUGGUGGUGGUGGUGCAGCGGCGGAGGAGAAGGCUACCGUCCACUCGAAGAGACAGACGAGACACCGAUCUGAGGGGAAAAGCCGACACAGAUCCUGGUCUUCUGGCUCUAGCGAGGCGGGCUCGAGCUCAAGCGGGAACCAGGGCGACUUGAAGUCAUCCAGAAGCAAAGCGGUUAGAAUCAGGCACAAAUCCAGGGAGGCUGCGAAGAACAAGAGAACACGCAACGGCGGGCAGGUGAAGGUGGUCGACAAGGAGGAGCGAAGAGUCCCGGGAGGGAGCGGUAGCAGCGUCGCCGGAGGCUCUGCCAAACAACCACAGCUUUACAAAAAGGGGAAGAGACCUCUGAAGGAGAUUCGUAAAGACCCGGGCUGCAAGGAGGCCAAAGAGUCCGGAGCCGAGGCCAGGAACGAGAAAGAAUACAUGGAGGAGCCACUUUGGUACACCGAGCCCAUCACAGAGUAUUUUGUACCUUUCAGCAGCAGACAAAGCAAGCUGGAAACAAAAUAUCGAAACAAGGUGGACUCUCCCGAUGGCUUUGCUUUGUCAACCGACACGGAGAGGCUGCCGGAGAGGAUCCAGGGAAUCUGCAUUGCCAACGAGAGCUGCCAGAGGGCAUACCUGACGGCAGGCUCGUUCGUGGACGGGCACUUUGUGGAAGGGCCCGGCGACGCAGAAGAGGAAACUGUUGAACUCCCCGGGACAUCGAGCUGCCCUCAGCCAGAGGAUAGUCGAGAUUUAGAUGACAAGCAUCUGUCUGAAUUCACUCACUUCUAUGAAGUUGACAUUUAUCAAUCCAUAUUGGAUACUAGUGCCUCAGACUCUAUACAAGAGAGUCGGAUCUUAAGCAUGAUUCGACAAAAAAGCAAAGAGCAAGGAGACGUAGAGGCAGCAUGUUGUUUAGUGUUAGACGGCCUUGAGCAGCAAGGGAAAAGUGCAAUACGGGCGGACUCGCUGGAAGCUCCGGGAUCCUUUGGAUUCUUAAUGGCGGAUCUUGAAAGCAUGGCUCAAGUGUGGGGAUGUUACUCGCCAUCUACGUCAGAAGAUCUAGAAGGAGAGAGCUUCGUGGGAGACUCCCCCAUCAGACUCUCCCCACUCCUCGAUAGUGUUUCGUUCACCCUGAGCAAACUGUCUGGGAAUCUGGAGGAGCCGGCCAUCUCCGAAGCCACCAGUGAACCGUCCGGUUUGAACUCGUCCUGCUUCUCUCUUUUCGAGCUGCAGUACGACAGCCCUACUUUCCCUUUCCCCCGCGACUCGCUCGCCGUCGGACACGAAAACAACACAGAUUCUAGUAGCUGUCUCGACCCGCAUUCUAAUAAACGGUCUCGCUUGCUAAUAUGGACCAAAAAUAGUGCCUUUGACGAAACUGAACACUGUUCUAACCUUUCAACGCGGACUUGCAGUCCGUGGUCGCAUUCGGAGGAGACUCGGUCGGACAACGAGCAAGGAAACGUCCCGGCGGAGGAAGCCGCUCAAAUUGGCAACGAGGAGAUCGGUUGUAUCAUCCCUCCUCUCUCUGGUACAUAUCUGGAGGAGGAAAUCUUGGAUUUUUUGCAAGAAAACUCUGGCCAUAAGUGUGAGGAGGUCAGUGUCAGCACAACGUCCAUCAAGACCCUCACCAAAAAAUCUAAAUUGGAGUCCGUUUGUGGCAUCGCGUUGGAGAAGGUUGAGAGUAAACAGUACGUCACUGGCAUGUUUUCGGACAACGCAGAACAACACGGUGACGACUACAGCUCAGGGAUCAUAAAGGACAUCUGGACGGCGAUAGGGGAGGACAAAUCUGUGAUGUCAAAGCCGGGUGCAGAACAACUGAGCGACGGGCUGUUCUCAGACGAGUCGGGCGGUUACUGCUGCAGCGGUCUGGAAGAGCAGGCCAAAGAAGUGCCGACUCAGGGGCCUCAGAAGAAAGCGGUGCAGCGGUCCGAGUAUCACCUUUGGGAAGGCAAGAAGGAACGAGACUUGGCCAAAAGCAAACUCUCCAAGGUGGACGGUGCUGGGGAUUACAUGACUCCGUCCAAGCCCUGGGACCUGAACUCUGACAAGGAGAGUACAUCGUUCAUCCUCGGCGGGGUCUACGGCGAGCUGAAGACUCUGAGCGGUGAUAAGAGUUGGGCUGUGGUGCCGCCAAGUGACUCCCACGACAGCCUGCUCCAGUGUGCUGCUGCGGCUGAUAUGCUCACCAUCACUGGCACAGAUGUGUUCAUGAACACCGGCAGCUGCUUUGCUCCCGGGCACAGGCCCCUGUGGAGGCCUCUCGUGUCCUUCGGGCAGAGCGACCAGGCCAUCAGAGGAGGCGGAGAUGGAUUGAAUAAGGGAUUUUCUUUCAUCUUCCAUGAAGAUUUGCUUGGAUCUUACGGAAGCUUGCAAAGUAAGGAGCACGGUUUAGACUACCCGUUCUCCUCCUUCAACCUGAACAAUCCCUUCUCUCAAGUCCUGCAUGUCGAGUGUUCUUUUGAGCCGGAGGACAUGGCUUCGUUCAGUCCGGGCUUCAAGCCCAAAUCUAUUCUUUGCUCGGACUCUGAGAACGAAGCCUUCCACCCACGAUUAUACGGCAUCAACCGGACGCAGUACAGGGCCAUUCGCAUUUCCCCCAGGACUCAUUUCCGACCCAUUUCGGCCUCCGAGUUAACUCCCGGCGGCGUGAGCGAUUCAGAGGCCGAGACGGACAAAGACGAGACGAGUUUCCCCGACGAGGCGCCGUUGGACGUCUUCGACGAUCCUCAGGCCGAUCUCAAACCUCUGGAGGAGGAUGCCGAAUGCGAGGGCCCUUAUUACGGGAAGUCAGAACUGGAAUCUGGUAAAUUCUUACCCAGAUUAAAGAAGUCUGGCAUGGAGAAGAGUGCCCAGACCUCUCUGGAUUCACAGGAGGGCUCCGGUACCCUCCUGCCAAUCGCUGAGCAAGAGAUUUGCUUAGACUGCAAAACGGCAGCAGCGGCUGCAUCAACUGCAGGUGGACCGACGGAGGUUUCUGUCGGCAAGGUCCAGAAGGAGGAAUCUUCAGGAGGAAAGCAGUCCUGUUUAUCUGCACCAGCAGAGCAGUUCCCCAAGUACGGGAUGGCUUACGACUUUGCUGGAGAUGUGCCAGAGUUCCCUCUGUUAAAUAUAAGUGGACAGGGAGGAACUGGCAACCAGCAAGACGAGUGCUGGUGGCAGAACACGCUGUGUUCCCCCCUCUUCCCUGGAUCUCAGUGUGCAGGGAGCAGCAACAUUUGAAUACUCCCGUUCUGCAGAGGACGUCUGUCACAGGGAGGAAACCAACCUCUCCUGUUGCGACUGGACCGCGACCAGCAAAGAUUCAGGGUCAUCUCAGAGCUGGGAAAAACCUAAUGUAGGCUAAUUUCUGACAGCCCC